AUGAAUAAAAGAAUAAAUGAAGUUAGUGGUAGACCUAUAGGAGAAUAUCUUUCAAGAGAUAUAUCAGAUUUUCAGAGAGUUUCAAGGACACUAUUUGAAUGUUUUUCAUCAUUAGCAACAGGUGCAACAUUAAAUUCCCAACAAUUACAACAAAUUCAAUUACCAAUUGAUCAAAUAUCAAAUAAUGCAACACCUAAUAUGGUAUUACAAUUAAUGAAUCAUUUAAUUGAUGUUGAUAAAAUUUAUCAAAAUACUUUAAAAAAACUUGAAAAACAUCAAAAAAUUCAAAAAGAAAUUACAGAAAUACAAAAAGAAAUUGAAGAAAAAGAUAAAUUAAUAUCAACAUUAGCAUUAAAUUUAAAAGAUAUUGAAUCAUUUUUAGAGAAUGAAUUAUCACAAGACAAUGUAAAUAUAAAUAAUGGUAAUGCAAGUGAUGGUAUUGUUAAUGAGGUUUUAAUAGAUUUAAAGCAACCAGAUGACGCAGCAUCAAUGGAUAAUAUAGUGAAUAGAGAGGUAUCACCAGAGGAUUUAAUAUCUUAUGCACAUAAAAUUAGUGGUACCACAUCUGCACCAUUUGGAUACCAACCAAAUGCACCAUUGGCUUCACUAUUUAAACCACCUGCACCACAAGAUGAAAUGAUGAGAUCAUCAGUACUCUUUACAAAACCACCACCUCAUGUUUUAAAAUAUUAUGGUUUAGCUGAAAUCGAUGUUACAACACCAACAAUGGCUGCAAAUAUUUCUUCACCAUUUUCAAUUGGUGGUAAUGUUGGUGAUGUUACAACACCAACUUCAAAAGAACAAGAAGAUCAGCAGCAACAACAACAACAACAACAACCUCAACAACAAUUAUCACAAUCACAACAAUCACAACAACAAACUGAAUCAGAAUUACAACCAAUUCAAAGUAUAUUACAACCUCCACAACAAUUAAAUAUAGAUUUAGAUUUGAAUCCAGAUUUAGAUUCAAGUGGUGAUGAUGAUGAUGAAGAUGACGACGAUGAAGAAAGUGAAGAAGUUGAAUGGGAUUAA